GUCGUUAAAUUUCACAAAGCGCAUAGCCACCGUAGGUUUCGUAGGGGUUCAGCAGUUGUUAUAAGUGCAGUGAAUUCAACGCGAGGAUCAUGGAUUCGUACGUGUGUAAAAUCGUCGUUCUCCGAACCAGCGACAAAAAGGUUUUGAAACCUAGAAAUGUAAACACAACUUUAGCACAAUCUAAAAAAGUCAUGGGAAUCAAGAAGUGCCUUUUCGGAGUUGCCAGCAUAGAAGACACCGAAAGGAUGUUACAAGAACAGUACGAAAUUGACACGAAAAGAUUCAAUGACAGGUUCGGAAUAGAUCUUAGAAAAUUGGAAGAGAGCGAGAAUUUCCACGACACCGAUAGAAUGCUUCACGAACAGUGCAACAUUGACAGGAAGAGGUUCAACGAUAGGUUCGGGAUUGAUCUGAGGAAGCUGGAAGAGAACGAGAACCAAGGAAAUUGUGAAAAUUUAGUUAGUAAUUCCAAUAUUUCACCGGCCAAGAGGAAAGCUGGAGCGUCCAGUAAGCAGCAAGUUAAAAGAAGUAGGGAAGUCUUUAGGCAGCGCAAUAACCAGACAGUAUUAACAGAUUUCUACCAGGCUAGGAAGACUGUGCAAUCGAUAGAUAAGUCGUUAAAGGACAGCAAAGAAAACUAGGACUAUCAAUUAAAUUAUUGUACAUAAAUUAUUUAAAGACUGUAGUAUAUUGUAUGCAUGUUUACAGCAUUUUUAUCCAAAGUUUUAUUAAUUAGGUGAACUAGGAAAACCAAACAUGUGCAACAUAUUGAUUUGUAAAAUUAUCCCAGUGAGGCAUAACUGCAGAAACAGUCAGCACUCUGCAGCGCUACUUAGUGGAGCCACAAAGUGGCUUAUACAGGCGAUUUUGUAGCACCAAUGAUUUUGUAAUGGACGCCCCUAGCAGCGAGGAUGGGCGACAGUUGCUGGCCACUGUCGCUCGUCUGGAAUGGCUCGUUUAAUUUACAUAAGAAUUUAAGGCUAAUCAUAGGAAGCUACUUUGUGGCGCCACAGAGUAGCGCUGCAGAGUGGCUCGUCUGUUUCUGGGGUAAAUGUUCGAUUUUUGAAUUGUCGAUAAGAUGAUUUUAACACGUAAACUAUCAUUUCAGCUCGAAUAUUUCAAGUUCUGGUACAAAUUGGAAAUAAAUUAUUUAUGAUUUGUAAAAAAAACAUCUAUGUGAUUUUAAAAAAAUGAUUCGACUUAUCACAUUUUUAACUAUAUCGAAGGCCAUAUGCAUAGAAAGAUAAUAGACAAUGCCGUCAGUAUUUCCUGUUAUUUUUCGAUCCACCAAUUGUAAAUAAGAAAUGUAACAAAAUGAUAAGCUUAUUUUUUCCUAAAUAAUAAUACAUAUACAUAAAUUCAUAAAAAAUGAACACGCAAAAAAUAUAGCAGAUUUUCUCUUGAGUUUUAAUACCGUAAUUAUAAAAAUAUUAUUGUAUCUUUACAAAGGAUACAUCAUCACAAAGAUACAUCUGUAAUGUAUGAAAAUUUUAACAUUAUUUAAAAAGGCUUUGAAACUGAAACUAUUUUAUUUUGGCAUGUCUAAGUUAAAAAUGAUGUUUAUUUGGGAUUUUGCCACAAUUGACUGCUAAAAAUGAUUAUCCAUUGUCAUUUAUAAAUAAGGUUUUUCACAAAAUUGAAGAAAGGAAACGAGGAACCACCACAAGAAAUCCAGAAACACUCAUAAGAGAGGAUUCAAAGAUAACAAUACCAUAAGUCAAGAGCUUAUCUGAAAAAUUAAAAGGAUAGGAAAUAAGUACAUCACAAUAUUCAAAAUAACCAAUACAUUAAAAUUUAUUCUGUUCCAAACCAAACCUAAUAAUAGACAAGAGGGAUAAAAGAAUUGCAACUACAGAAUAUCCUGUGAUACGACAACUUUUACGUGGGAGAAAGCGCGAAACCACUUACGGCCGGUUUCACAAAGUAAAGUUAACUUGUGGUUAAGACACAACCAUAGGUUACCCCAAAAUAUGCGUUUUAGUCUCAGGUCAACGACGAAGUAUGGUUAACUCACAGAAUUUUUAACCAGAGGUUGGAGUGGGUUAACCUUUAUGGGUAUACCCUGAAGGGUAACAAUUAUUAUGAAACUGAAACGCAUAUUUUGGGAUAACCUCUGGUUUAACCACAAGUUUACUUUGUGAAACCGGCCGUAAGGGUCAGGAUAAGUGUGCGUGAAACAUUCAUAAAAAACAGAGACUUCGACAAAUCACAGAUUUAUAGAAAUUGCAUCAGUAAUCAUGACAGAAAAAUACAUUAUAAAUAAUUUUUUAUCUUUUUUGAAAACGAUUUCCAUAUUUUAGUUAUUUUAAGUUGUAUUUUUCAUUAUAAUUGUGGCCUAAUUCCAUAUAAACAAUACAGUGCGCGUUGAGCAUGAGCAGGCUAAGAAUCGGAAAAAUAACGUAAAAGACGGAAAACAUAAUACGUUGUGAAAUCAAAAGAGAUGAAACUAUCAAAUGUGGGAAAUUAUCAAUCGAAUCCUAUAAAUUUACAUUAUAUCGAUACUUUGCCACCUUUAGACGCAUCGGACAAGUUUGGCAACCAACACUGUGACAGGAGGAUUUUAUAAAAUUCUUCUGUGACAGUUGUAGUUGACAUACUCCGCCGAUUUUCCGCUGAUUACUCCGCCAAUGAAAGUUUUACAAUGAUCCCAUAUUAUUUAUAUUUGAAUUAUUUUUAUAUCUGAUUAAUUAUUUUAUAAAGGUACUUUAAACUAAAAACGUCUUUUUACUCGAAAUUAUAUUAUGUCAAACAAUUUUACGUGUUAAGAUUAUUUAUCUUAAGGUGAUACAGUAGCGAUCAACAGGUAGCCAAAACGCGUUCCAAGAUUGCGGCUAUAAUUUUGAAUAUUUUUUUCGAGAUAUUUGGCACACGUAUUCGCAAUAUAAUAAAGAAUGGCGGUACAGAGCCCAAUUUGAAAAAUAUAUUAAUAUGUGGAAAUUACUCUGUAAUUAAAUACAAUAUUAAAAAAACGAGCCUGUACCGCCAUUAAGAAGAACAAAAAAAUACACUUCCUUCAAAUAAACUUUUUUAUCCGAUGCCUAAAUUUUGUGUCAUUUUGGAACUACUAAAAUUUUUUAUUUCAUUAGUAGUUCCAAAAUGACACAAAAUCUAGGCAUCGGAUAAAAAAGUUUAUUUGAAGAAAGUGUAUUUUUUCGUUCUUUUUAAUGGCGGUACAGGCUCGUUUUUUAAUAUUGUAUUUAAUUACAGAGUAACUUCCACAUAUAAAUAUAUUUUUCAAAUUGGGCUCUGUACCGCCAUUCUUUAUUAUAUUACGAAUACGUGUGCAAAAUAUCUCGAAAAAAUAUUCAAAAUUAUAGCCGCAAUCUUGGAACGCGUUUUGGCUACCUGUUGAUCGCUACUGUUUCCUCUUAAGCGGCUACAUCAGCGUGUCAUCAUUAAUUCAAAAGAUAAUAGUCGCACCGUUUUUCGAAAGUUCUGCGAACCUUUGGCAACAAUGCGUUGGCAGUACGUGACACUUUCAAAGACGAAGGCACAAUAUUGGAUAUUGUGAUAAUAAUAUGUUGUAAAAUCAGUGACUUAAGUUCGAUUUCUUGUUAUACAUUAUAGAUAAUCGAUUUUAGUAGUUCCAAUGUAACACAAUAUUUAGGCAUGAGAUGAAGUUUAUUUGAAGAAAGUGUAUUUUUUUGUUCUUCUUAAUGGCGGUACAGACUCGUUUUUGUAAUAUUUUAUUUAAUUAUAGAGUAUCUCCACAUACUAACAUAUUUCUCAAAAUGGGCUCUGUGCCGCCAUUCUUUAGUAUAUUACGUAUAUGUUUGCCAAAUAACUCGACAAAAUAUUCAAAAUUAAAGCUGCAAUUUUGGAACGCGUUUUCCAUCUUGAUGACUCGUUGAUAUAGCCUCUUUAUUAUUGUUGUAUAUUUGAAAAAGGCUUUCUAUUAUUCUUCGAAAUUAUGACCGGCAAGAAAAUGUGGACUUUGUAAAAAAUUCUUAGUCUAGUCUUUGUUUGUACUUUUACGAAAGUACACUAUGUAUUUGUAUGUAGUGUGUAUGGAAUCUCUUGUAAAUGGCUUAAAAUAUAAUCUAUUUAUUUUUGAA